CAACCCAAAACCAAUCUCCCGGCGAGCCACGCCAAGGAGGGCUUCAGCUUCACAAGCGUCACUGUCCACUGUCCAAUUCGACGGCGGCGCUACCAAACGGCAACUUCCAACGCCAAGCCAUUAGUAGCCACCCGCAACUAACCAUAUGCUCCCUCGCGUCCGUCCCCUCCUUCGAUUCUCUCUCCCCUUACCUCCUCCGAUGGCGCCCCCCAUUUCUUCUCGCGCCGCCGCCGCCACUCUCCCGAUUGUUUCCCUCGCCGCCGCUCCUCACUCCCCUUCUGCUUCCAAGUCCAACAUUCUCUUCUUCCCUCCGACGCGUCCGUCCACCGCCUUCGCCCCGCCAUCCUUCUUCACGACCAGAUGCUUCCACGCCGGAGUCGUCAAGAAGAUUGUACCCGGGGUUUGCGCCGCCGCCGCCGGCGGACAGAGAGAAUACCGUAAAGUGAGAAGACGCGCCACCGCCAAGAGCAAGCAGAAGGAGCUGGAGCUGAGCGUUAGCAUUUGCAUUGAGGAGGACCUCCCUGAUAACGAUUCUGAAAUCCUGAGUAUAGCAGAGUUGCUCCGCCUAAACGUGCCCAUGGCAUUGAAGUUGGCACUGGAUGGCCUGAAAGAUUCUCGCUGCAAAACUCGAGAUACUACUAUCUCGGAUGUUGGUGGCUACGAGAGCAUCGAGUUGUCUGUCAUGCUUUGCAAUGACAGCUUCAUCCGUAAGCUCAACAAAGAAUGGAGGGGUGAAGACAGUGCUACUGAUGUUCUCUCCAUGUCGCAGCAUGUUCCUCGGCUUAAUCUCCCUAUUCUGAUGCUGGGUGACAUUGUAAUUUCUGUGGAGACAGCUGCAUGGCAAGCUGAAGAAAGAGGUCAUACACUUCUUGAUGAAAUCCGUAUCCUCAUGGUCCAUGGGUUGUUGCAUCUGUUAGGAUUUGAUCACGAGAUCAGUGGCGAGGCUGAAACUGAAAUGGAGAAAGAGGAGGAAAUUCUUUUGAAGAGUCUUGGGUGGACGGGGACAUUGCUUAACAGCAAAAGUCAACUUUCAACCACAAAUGCAAAUGCAUUGAAAGAAGCUAUGUCAAGAGGAGUGAAGGUAGUCAUAGCAACUGGAAAGGCUCGCCCUGCUGUGAUAAAUAUCUUGAAGACUGCUGGCUUAGCUGAUAAAGAUGGUAUUGUCUCAGAGGUCUCCCCUGGUGUCUUCCUGCAGGGGUUGCUCGUGUACGGUAGGCAGGGACGAGAGAUUUUCAGAAGGAAUUUAGAUCCAGGUGUCUGCAGAGAGGUGUGCAGGUAUUCUUUGGAGCAGAAGGUUCCUCUAAUUGCAUUCAGCAAUGAUCGUUGCUUAACGCUGUUUGAUCACCCCCUUGUUGAAUCACUGCAUACAGUUUACCGAGCGCCGCAGGCAGAAGUCAUGUCUUCGGUUGAGGAUCUCAUAGCUGCAGCUGACAUACAAAAAAUGUUGUUCAUAGACACUGCUGAUAGAGUAGCAACUGAACUGAGGCCGUAUUGGUCAGAAGCAGCAGGAGAGCGUGCCAAUGUAGUUCAAGCUGUUCCACAUAUGCUUGAGAUUGUACCUGUGGGAACAUCAAAAGGGAGCGGGAUCCAAAUUCUUCUUGAUCAUCUGGGUGUGAAAGCUGAAGAGAUAAUGGCCAUUGGAGACGGGGAGAACGAUAUCGAGAUGCUGCGAUUGGCUUCCCUUGGCAUUGCUCUCAGCAAUGGUGUCGAGAAGACGAAAGCUGUGGCCAAUGUAAUUGGUGCUAGUAAUGACGAAGAUGGGGUAGCUGAUGCCAUCUAUCGGUGCAACAAUAAUAAUAACAGUGUGCAAAGGAAAGGAAAGGAAAGUGGACUGGGAACCAACAUUGCAAGCCAAGUCGCAAGUGGCGUGAUGAUACCAGCAUUCGGACCUUUCUUCUCCUCCGCAAACCGCAAAUCUCAGGCUCAGCUUGUUCAUCGGCGCUCAGUAGUUGCUGAGAAGAUGGCCGAUGGAGGUUGCGCCGCUAUCAACACCAAGAUAGAGGAAGGAAAAGGAGGCUAUAUAUUGGAAGACGUCCCUCACCUCACUGACUAUCUCCCUUCGCUCCUCACUUACCCUAAUCCUUUGCAAGACAAUCCUGCCUACUCUGUUGUAAAGCAGUACUUCGUCGAUGUGGAUGACACCGUCGCCCAAAAGAUUGUGGUUCACAAGAAUGGUGACAGGGGAAUCCACUUCCGUCGUGCUGGACCUCGCCAAAAGGUAUACUUCAAGUCCGACGAAGUUCAUGCUUGCAUUGUCACCUGUGGUGGCCUCUGCCCCGGGCUGAACACUGUCAUCAGGGAGAUUGUUUGCGGCCUUCAUUACAUGUACGGUGUCUCCAAAAUCAUCGGCAUUGAUGGAGGGUACAUGGGAUUCUAUUCCAAGAAUACUGUUACUUUGACUCCCAAGGUUGUCAAUGACAUCCAUAAACGUGGCGGUACUGUUCUUGGGACGUCAAGAGGAGGUCAUGACACCUCAAAGAUAGUGGACAGCAUCCAAGAUCGUGGGAUCAAUCAGGUUUAUGUCAUUGGAGGUGACGGAACUCAAAAGGGAGCUGCGGUCAUUUAUGAGGUUAUUGACAGGUCGUUUGGUUUCGAUACUGCGGUUGAGGAGGCACAACGGGCUAUCAAUGCAGCCCACGUGGAAGCUGAAAGUACCGAAAAUGGUAUUGGUGUUGUGAAGCUGAUGGGACGUUAUAGUGGUUUCAUUGCUAUGUAUGCUACACUUGCCAGCAGAGAUGUGGACUGCUGUUUGAUUCCAGAGUCACCUUUCUUCUUAGAAGGCAAAGGUGGACUUUUUCAAUUCAUUAGAAAACGGCUAAAAGAAAAUGGGCACAUGGUUAUCGUUAUUGCUGAAGGAGCAGGACAAGAUCUGCUUACAGAGAGCAUGCAGUCUAUGGGGCAGCAAGAUGCUUCUGGAAACAAGCAACUUCAAGAUGUUGGAUUCUGGAUAUCUCACAGGAUCAAGGAUCAUUUCGCCAAGGAACAUAAUAUGGCUAUCACUCUCAAAUACAUAGAUCCUACGUACAUGAUCCGAGCAAUUCCAGGUAAUGCUUCUGAUAAUGUCUACUGCACGCUCCUUGCUCAAAGUGCGGUUCAUGGGGCAAUGGCAGGAUAUACAGGCUUUACUUGUGGACCUGUGAACGGACGACAUUCUUACAUCCCUUUUAAUCGCAUUACUGAGAAGCAGAACAAGGUGGUGAUCACAGACAGGAUGUGGGCAAGACUUUUAUCCUCGACGAAUCAGCCUAGCUUUUUAUGAGCCCUAAUUUUGCUGGCAUGGAGAACUGGGAACUAGGUGCAUGGGAGUUGUAACAUGUUCGACAACAUCUCGCAACUUACUCGAGAUCUGACAUUUCCCUUUUCAGUUUUGUGUAUUUCCUUUUGCUAGGAAAGCAAGUUGUAUGUACACAAAUGUUUGUCAUAGUUGGAUUACAUGCGUUCUUUCAUUGAAUUGAUGAGGUGAAGGAUUUAGAAAUUGUCGAGGAGCAUUUCGCUUUGACAUUUGAAUGGGCAAGCACAACUAGUCCCAGAAAGAGACUGGACAAGCACGAAUGACAACAGAAGAUGGAUACUUUUGCUAUAUAUAUUGGCCAAAUGAAUGAAUUAACAUAAUACGCUGCAACAAUUCAUCCCCUCGUACAUAACAGGGUGAAUGAAAGAAGAGGGUAUGGUCAUUGUUCAACCGAGUCUGUAAGUAGUACAAAGCAUGCUGGUGCCUUCAGUCUCUUCUAAUGUGACUGCAAAGAGAUUAUGCUCGAGUCUUUAAGCACAUACAUUGAUUCAGGGAGUAGUUUACUUAGCAUCAUCCAUCUACACUUAUCAACCCUUGUAAACGCCAGAGGGAUCGGCAUUCUGAAUAAUCCAUGGAUGUUCGAGCAGCUUGUGUAGUGGCAGACGCUGGAAUGAAUCUUUGACAAGCAUCUGCAGGUGCAAAAGAGACAGACUAAUUAGGUCUUUUGCAGAAGCAGAUACAAUAGGCUUUG